GUAGUUUCACUUUCAACUGAACUGGCAUUAAUGCGGAAGAGAGAUCGAGACGCCAUUAUUUCGCAGAACCUAAGCGCAUUUUUGUCUGAUGAAAAUCUGUGAAAAAUGGGUCUUCUCUUGACUUUUCUCUCAGUUGGAUCAUUUUUACUCUACCAAGGCACAUCUGGUGUUGAUACAGGAGUGUCAGUGAUGGAGGGAGAUUCAGUCACUCUAAACACUGAUGUUAAAAAAACCGAACAUGACAUCAUUAUGUGGUAUUAUGAUGACAUCCGCAUUGCUCAAAUCAAUGGAGAUCCCAGUAAGACCUGUACAGAUGUUCAGUGUAAAGAUGGUGAAGAGAGAUUCAGAGACAGACUGAAGCUGGAUCCUCAGACUGGAUCUCUGACCAUCAUGAACACCAGAACCACAGACUCUGGACUCUAUAAACUACUGAUCAACAGCGACAGUGAAAAGAUUUUCAGUGUUACAGUUCAUGGAGUGUCAGUGAUGGAGGGAGAUUCAGUCACUCUAAACACUGAUGUUAAAAAAACCGAACAUGACAUCAUUAUGUGGUAUUAUGAUGACAUCCGCAUCGCUCAAAUCAAUGGAGAUCCCAGUAAGACCUGUACAGAUGUUCAGUGUGAAGAUGGUGAAGAGAGAUUCAGAGACAGACUGAAGCUGGAUCCUCAGACUGGAUCUCUGACCAUCAUGAACACCAGAACCACAGACUCUGGACUCUAUAAACUACUGAUCAACAGCGACAGUGAAAAGAUUUUCAGUGUUACAGUUCGUGGUGUUUCUGCUGCUGAAAUAGAUGAAAUGAAGAGAAAGUCAGUGAAGGAGGGAGAAUCUCUUACUUUAGAUCCUGGUGUAAUAAACAACCCAAAUGAUGUGAUGAUGUGGUAUUUUAAUGAGAUUCGAAUAGCUGAAAUCACUGGAGAUCAGAGUAAGAUCUGUACAGAUGUUCAGUGUGAUGAGAGAUUCAGAGACAGACUGAAGCUGGAUCAUCAGACUGGAUCUCUGACCAUCAUGAACACCAGAACCACAGACUCUGGAGAAUAUGAAGUACUGAUCAACAACAGAAGCCUUCGUCGUCGCCGCAGCAUCAGCAUCAGCAGUGUAAAGAGCUUCAGUGUUACUGUCAUUGAUUCAGGUCGUUCUUCAGGUGCUGCAGCAGGAAUAAGUGUUGCUGUUCUGCUGCUGGUGUUUGUAGCUGCAGCUGCUGUUGCUGUGAUUUACCGUCGCCGCAGGAUCUCCAGAAAUGCAGUCAUGAGGGGAAAAGAACACACUGUUUUGUUUCUGUAGAAAGCUCCAUCAACGAGAUCCUUAAUGACAGGAAAAACAGAGGUCAUAGAAUCUGAGAUGAUCGCAACAGCUUCCGCAACAUUAUUCCCUUAUCAAUAAUGAAGCACUUAUCUUUGCCUAUCCAUGGGUUUCAAAGACGUCAUUUCCGCUAUGCCCACCGCCAUAUUUGUGUCCGAGAUGGCAACUAACACAGCAGCGCUUCAUUGUACUGAUGGUCAUCUUUAGCUUCAGCGUGAGUGCUCAAACAGCAACACAAAACAUUUUCUACGAUUGUGGCUGUCAUAUUAAUAACAUUUUAAUUGUAUACACUAUUGUAUUAAAAUAUUGUGAAUUCUA